UUCACCUGCAAAUUGGUCAUUUUUGGUAUGACUGGUUUUCGGUUAAAACACUUGCCAAAAGUGUGUCACAUAUGUUUACAGUAUCAACCGGAAAUUCUCUUGAUUUCUUUGGAUACAGUUGAUCCUAGUCAUGGGUUCGAACUGAGAGAUGUUGUAAAUGAGUUAAUGUUCCCGAUUUCACCGGAAUGUCAACAUCUUACACCGUGCGGUAUUUGUGAAUCAUGCUACAAAGAACUGAGCGAAUUUCUUGUGUACCGCAAUCGUAUGAAACUGAUUGGGAAGUUUGUAUUCAGCCUAGCGUUAUUGCAAAAAGGACAAACAGAACAUCUGGAGGAUCUCUUCAACGAACGUCAUGCAGAACUGUUAAUGGUACUGCGUGAUCUUAGAGUUACUGAUAAACAUCAGCUUGUCGUUCAAGAUUAUUUGGAUGAAUUUACCGAUUGCAAGGUCCAACAAGAGUUGAAGCAGGAAGAUACUUGCACACCAGACAGCUUGACACUUACUGGGUGUGACGAACUCGUGGUGCUGCAAAACCAAGCACAAAACCAAUAUCUAGAACUUCUAGACGAAGAAGAAUUUGUUGCUGUAAAAACGGAUGAAACUACGAAGGAGUUCAGCAAUGAAAGUGAAGAAACUGGGUGGGAGAUCAAACCCGAAUUCGAGCAGAUUGAGGUGGUUUCCUUAGAGCAGAAUGAUCAGAAAAUGACUACAAGGAAAUCAACGUUAUGCAGUAAUCGACAGAGCAAACAAGCUGCAGCAUUUCAGCCACACAAGAAAUACCAUCAGAAGGAGCAACGUAACGGCCACAGCUGUAAGCGAUGCGGUGAAGAGUUUGACACCAAACAAGAUCUCAUGCAGCACAAAAGGCUCUCGCAUCGGGACCAUAUGUGCGAUACUUGUGGAUUGGUUUUCGAUACAAAGUUCGUGUUGGAAAACCAUCGCAAACGGCACGCAACGGAGCGCCAGUACAAAUGUGAAUAUUGUCCGCUCGAGUAUUACACGAAGGCGGAAAAGCUUCUGCACGUACGACGGUUGCAUCUGAACGCAUUCGAGGUAAGCUGCCCGGAAUGUGCGCUGAUGUUUCGGACGAAACAGACGCUAGCGCAGCACAUGAAGACACACACAAACCAACGCACCCAUACCUGCAACACGUGUGGGUUUAGCUUUAAAUCCCACACGCAUCUGAAUCGCCACACCAAAGAACUGCAUGAGGGUGUGCAGUACCGAUGCGAGCAUUGCGACACGACGUACCGGCGUAAGGAUAAGCUCCGUAUGCACGUGGAGAAGAUGCACAAUAUUCAAACGUACUUUGUCUGUGAUAUCUGUUUGCAAUCGUACGAGACGGAUGCAAAACUGCAGGAACACAAAGCGCACCAUCGGGCCCCGAACGAUCUACAGUGUGGAGUGUGUCUAGGGGCAUACGUGACGCAAGAGGAGCUAGACAACCAUCUCUGCAUUACAUAUCGAGAAAGCUACAUUUGCUGCAACCGUGACUUCAAGUAUCAUAACUUUUACAACAAACAUAUGUUUUUGGUGCACGGUCAGCAAACGAAUGUGCGCGUCAAACCCAUCGAUGGCGUACUGCUGGGCCAGUAUCGUGCAAAGCGGAAACAAGCAGAACGAUGUCCUAAAUGUGAGCAAGAGUUUGCUACGCGCCAACAGAAGAAGAAUCAUAUGAAACAAUGUGGUCUGGGUCUGGUGCAGUACGAUAAUACGAGUCAUGUUGCAAAUCAUGAAGAAGAGCUGUUUCUUACGCUAAACACCGUCACCGUUGUGUGAUGAGCUUUA